GUUUAUGUUUGCACGACUUUUACUUGGGUUUGCGACAUAUCGAGCGGGGUAGAGUUCAGUAAUAAAAGACUACCAGUCAUAAGAAAGCAGAUCGCGACUACGACCGAGAUUCAAGUUAGCCAGAACGAUCUUCCCACGCUUUUUUUCCUUGUUCUUUUGUUGUCACCCAAGAGACCGUAUAAAUAUGUUCCAUCCAGUCGUACCCGCUCGUCGUUCCCUCCUAACCUUUAAUAGCUUUACUGCUCGACACCAUGGCCACCUACAAGAAUGACAUGAGGUUCCGGCCGGCUCCCCCUCGUUACCGUUAUUUCACUUUUUCCAUCGACGUAGCGGCAACUCUAGAGUUGUACUGUGACGGAGGCGACGAGGUCAUGUUGCAAAAGUUGAGUGAUCUGCAGGAUCACAAAUAUGCCGGUUACUGCUCGGAUUCAUCAACAUCCGGCCAGUGCAACAAGGACUCACGAAGCCUCAUCCUCGGAAACCAAACUAUGCGCGGCCUCAUAUGUGCCUUCCUGUCUUUCCGGAAACGACCCAUCCUAGGUCAAGGACGCCACUUAGUCUCGAAGCCAUUGCCAUGGGACCAUUGCUACCAUCCUACCUGCUAUGACCUUUGGGCGCGUGUUCCAUUUGAAGGGCGGAACUAUGAUGACUCCCCACUUGUGACGAUAUCCCCUGCGUUUCUCAUAGCCUUCCGAGAGGAUGUACGUUACGGUGAACUUCUCCGAGCCAGAUUAGACGAUACACAAAUCCAGCGAAUUCUUGAUGGUCAAGAGGACGCCCCGGAUACAGACGACGCUUCAGAGACUGAUGGUCGAACUUGCAAGACGUUCCUGGCCAAGGUGCCGGAAUCUGAUGAUCCUGAAGAAGAUGGGAUUUUCGUGCCGGUUAUGCGUAUCGAUCACGUCCUGUCAAACGUUCCAGAAAUAUCUGAUCCAUCACAGUUAUGUGGGGAUGUCGAUCUUUUCCGGGAGAUUGUGCAGGAGUAUCAGUUCGCACGCUAUGGAUCCGUCCUGUUCGACCCGCUGCAUGGUCCAGAGGCUGACGACACGUCUGUCCCUGACAACGCUUCCUGGACUUAUAGUAUCACGUCGGAGGUAGAUUGCUCAAGUUUGGCCGAAGAACUGAGCGGUGCUCACAUGACCUGGACUCGAUCCGAGAGGAGUCUCCUCCGGUGCCGGAGCCUGUUCGGAAAGGAAAAUGGAGGCCCAAGUCGCUCUUCCGACAGCGACAUUGAGGCAAUCCUUGGGGGUAAACAUCGUAUCAGGCAUGCAAUGUAA